ACUGUGAACGUGAUACCUACCCAGAAAGCUGUAAACAGCAGAGCCGGUGAGAAUUACUCGAAGUCUCAGUAACAGUGUCUUUGUGUUCUAGCGGCCACCUGUGGAGAGAGAGCAGAACGAGAGUGAAUCAUUGAAGAGCAAACUGUGAACGUGAUACCUACCUAGAAAGCUGUAAGCAGCAGAACCGUGACUAUUUGUGGGGCACAAGGAGAACGUGGGCGGACGUACGACAGGGAACGUAAAGGCACGUGGGGCGAGGACCCCCUGCCGACCCGAGGAAGGGUACACCGACAGUGGAGAUCCUCCUUACCAGUCACACCAAAAAUUAUUCUGCCUCCAGGACGGAAGAAGGAGGGCGCCACGGUUAGCAGGGUCCAGGCCGGAGCCUGACGUUUCCCUUUCUCCCCCGGCUUAUGGUGGUUGGCACCCCUGUUGCCCUUGGCCUGUCUGCCCGUGGCUGCAGUCUCCCUGGAGGGAGAAGAAGAGACCUAUUAGUUUUAAUUUCCCCUUUCCCCAAAUUCCCAGUUCUUUUAAAUAUUUAAACUAAAUAAAGCUUGUUUUAAAUUUUACUUACCUGUUCCCGUGUUUGUCUGGUCAUUGGGUUGGCUUUGGGGACCUCCUCGAGGUGGGAGUUGCAAAGGGGCGUGGCUUUAGUUAAAAUAGCCAGCCCCUGGUGGUGACGGAUUUUGGCGUAGUCGGCAGGGCCCCACCUCGAGUUGAGUAACCAAGGUCACCCAAUGACUGACAACGCGGGGCCUGCAGCCCCACCCCGUGCCACAUCUAUUAUCAUGGGAAGCCCAUGGAUCCAGAAAUAUGGAGGAGCAGAGUCGGAGGUACGACUGACCGAAUGGAAGGCCCAAUUAGAGUACUUGGCCGACUUGCAGGGCCUUAGCGCCGCUCAGCGGCUCCAGUUUGUGUUGAACUCCCUAGAGGGAGAAGCACGGCGAGAGGUACAAGCCGCCCCCGAAGCAAUCCGAGCCACCGCCCAGACUGUGUUCCAGUUCCUUACUGAACAAUAUGGCGACCAUACCCCCGUAGCUGUCCUCCGUUCACAAUUUUUUAAUUGUAAGCAAGGCCCCAGACAACCUAUUAGAGCUUUUGCCCUCAGGCUGCGAGAGCAGUUCACUCGCCUGCAGGCCCGACGGGACCAUGGGCUAGGAGACGGAGAAACCUUGUUACGCGACCAGUUCCUCCUGGGGAUGAAAGAGGGCCCCGUGAGACAAAGUCUGAGGGUCCAGUUUCGACGGGACUCCGGGCUUACCUUUGAGGACCUAAAGAAGGAGGCGCUGGCCUUGGAAGGUGAUGAGGUCGAAGUAAGUGAAACCCCUGUAUGUGCAGCCGUAAGUGGGAACACCGCAGCACCACCUGAACACGCAGAUUGGAAGCAAGCCCUCAGAGUAGAAUUGUUGAAAGAUGUCCGAGAGCAGAUGUCGGAACUAUCUAAGACUCUUCUGGGAGAACUUCGUCAAGGUAGGGCGCAAGAGGAACCGAGGCCGGCACCCCGAGAGCGAGUCUACUCUGAGAGGGGCCGAGAGCCACCGGGGCGCCCAAACCGUUUUAACCGGCCCCGCUUUGAGUGGGAUGACCAAGGGCGGCCAAUCUGCAAUCGUUGUGGAGAACCAGGGCAUUAUAGCCGUCAGUGUGGGCCUCGCAGGGCAUCGGAAGGGGGUUUUUAGGACGACCGGCCACAGUGGGUCGUGUGGCCGGGACCCCUCGAGGAGACCCGGAAAGACGUGAUAAUUCAAGAGGCCAGAUGGUGGGGCAUAGCCCAAUGGCGGAGGUGAAGGUAUGUGGCAAGACAGUACAGUGCCUGGUAGAUACAGGCUCUCAAGUGACAUUGUUUGCCGAAAGUCUCUCGCAGGAAGUAUUCGGGAAGCAGAGAACCCAAGGAGGAGAGGCCCCCUGGCUGACGUUGCGGGGCGCCAACGGCUUAGAGAUUCCUUACAUUGGCUAUCGGCUGACGGACUUAGAAGUGCACGGGGUGUUAGUUCCCCAAAAAGGGGUGAUCAUCGUGGAAGACAGGUGUUUGGGAGUCCAUC